AUGGUUCUCACAAGUUCUGCAGUCUCUAUCCCUUCUACGACGAACUCGGAACGCAAUGGCCGAUCUGCUCCUGGUAUCUCAUCGACUGCCGGUUUACAUCGAAGUGAUAUGCAUAACGCCGGGUUUGAGCCGGAUGCACUCGAGCUUUCCGAAGAUUACCGUCCAAGUCAAACAUUAUUGGUUGGUGGAGCUUCGGGGCUUGCAAAUUUUGCUGCAGUUUCUGGUGGCGCUGAUGGCACUCGAUUGUUUCAGACGUUGAACGCGAAAUCAAUACCUGAAGCCAGUCCAAUAAGGAGUGAUCUGACUACUGGUCGUUCCAUCUCUGUGGAUUCAUCUGACGAUUGGGCCACUCACCCCUUUUUUGCGGAUGGUCAACUACCACAUUCAUUGAUUCGACAUCCAAAUUGUCUGCCUUCUGAGUACUCGGAAAGUGUUAUUCAACCAGUUGCGCAGCACAUUUACUCGGAUUAUAUCCCAUCAACCUCUAAGCCAUCAAACGCAACGUUGGUUGCCGGAAUCGAUCUGGUAGAAUUGACCUCCAGUUGUCCUGUUUUACCAGAAGACCUGGGAACUUCAAAUGAGUUCGAUUCGUUGCACCAGACAAUUUUAGCCGCUGAUUUUCCGUCGACCACGCUGGUCGCUGCUAGUAGUGUGUCCUCGGUGGCCUUAGAAAACGAAGUGAUCACGAAGAAAAAUGAAGAUGAGAAAGAUCGUGAAAAAAAGUUCAACGGAAUCGGCAGUGGGCGAGCCAUUCCUUUGAAACAAGUAAGUUCAUUACGUUCCUUCCUAUUGGCGCACACUUACGUCAUCGUGAUGUUGUUCGCCUCUCACGAAGAGAGCUCAGCACGCUAA